AUGAACAGAUCGGUAAUAUGGCGCAGCGCGCCUGCUUUACCCCUAUCUCGGCAACUAUACGGCGCGCAAUGCCAUCGAAGCUUCACUUGCAGCACUUACCUUGCACGUGAGCAUGAUCCGAGGAUAAAGGCCCUGGGCCGGGAAAUAUCUGACGACUAUGCGAUAAUAAGAGAAAAAUACGGUACCGCAUCUAAUCCCGCGUGUGAAGUUGUCUUGCUAAUACUUUUGGCGAUAGAGACUCCAAAGUAUCCCAUCGUCCUCGCCCACGGCCUCUUUGGCUUCGCUGAGCUCCGUCUCUCUCCAUACUUUCCAGCUGUCGAAUACUGGCAUGGCAUUCGCGAUGCCCUCACUGCGCAAGGCGCCACAGUCCUGACGCCUACUGUGCCUCCAUCAUCCUCUAUUGCCGAUCGCGCUACUGCUCUCCGCUCCGCCCUUGAAGCCCACGCUCCAAUGCCCGAAGCCGUCACAAUUGUCGCACACAGCAUGGGUGGUCUUGAUGCCCGAUAUAUGCUUUCGCACCUCGCUCCGCUCCCAGUCCGCGUUGCGGCUGUGGUUACCGUUGCAACGCCGCACCGAGGAAGCGCAUUUGCAGACUACCUCCUUGAUGAAGAAGUCUCACCACUGCACCAUUACUUGCCUCAACUUUAUCAGACAUUUGAAAAAGCUGGUCUCGGUACAGCAGCGUUCUCGCAGUUGACGAGACGCUACAUGGCUGAAGAGUUCAAUCCGAGCACGCCGGAUCAACCAGACGUGCGGUACUUUUCGUACGGAGCGGCAGUAGAGCGGCCGGCCCUGCUGAGUCCAUUUCGGCACCCGCACGCCGUUAUGACACAGGCCGAGGGACCCAACGAUGGACUUGUCAGUGUGGAGAGCAGCCACUGGGGCACAUACAAAGGCACGCUCCUUGGAGUGAGCCACUUGGAUCUGAUAAACUGGUCCAAUCGUGUUGGCUGGACAGUCCGGGAGUGGAUGGGGAUCAAGAAGAAUUUCAAUGCUAUUGCAUUCUAUCUUGACAUAGCAGACAUGCUAGCUAAAGAAGGUUACUGA